ACUGUUGACUUAAGAGCACGGUGAGCAGCAGCAGGUGAGCACUGUCCUGCUGCUUGGGCCACCAGAGCUGUGCAACACGCUCCUCACCUGGGGAAAGGAAUCAGGGAGUGCGUCACAUCGAGCCAACAUGCGUCAUACCCUUGUCUGUGGGCAGGGACACGGGCCAUGUCCUGGGGGGCUGUGGGAGGAGCACAUCUCCAUGGCCAGCCCCAAGGAGUUGUGGGCAGAGCAGUGGGACCAGGACAGGAGGGCCACCAGGCUGCCCAGCUGCAGAGAAGGACAUAGCCACUGACAAGGAAUUUGAUGCAUUUCAAGAUUAAGCUACAGUCUUCUUGUGUUUGAGUGUCACCGUGUUAAAAGGGAAGUGUGUGGGGAAGCGAUGAAGGCGAACGUGCACCAAAGUCCAGUGUGAAGGAGAAAAUCAUUAGUUCUCCCACAGCCAUGAGCCAGCCAACUCCAGCCACCAUGGAGCCACCCGUGCUGCCAGGGGAGACGAAAGCUGUCUUUGGGGUGGCAGACAUCAUCGUAGUGGUUUUGUAUUUCAUCUUUGUCCUCGCUGUUGGAAUAUGGUCAUCGAUACGGGCAAGCCGGGGAACCGUUGGAGGUUAUUUCCUUGCCGGACGAUCCAUGACCUGGUGGCCUAUUGGAGCAUCACUGAUGUCCAGCAAUGUGGGCAGUGGCUUACUCGUUGGACUGGCGGGCACCGGAGCAGCUGGGGGUCUUGCUGUUGGGGGCUUUGAGUGGAAUGCUACCUGGGCACUGCUGGCUCUUGGCUGGAUCUUUGUACCUGUUUACAUCGCAGCUGGAGUGGUUACCAUGCCUGAGUAUCUGCAGAAGAGAUUUGGAGGGCAGAGGAUACAAAUCUACAUGUCUGUGCUGUCCCUCAUUCUCUACAUAUUCACCAAGAUAUCUACAGAUAUUUUUUCUGGAGCAUUAUUCAUCCAAAUCUCUUUGGGCUGGAACCUCUACUUGUCCACUGUGGUCUUGCUAGUUGUGACUGCUGUCUACACUAUAGCAGGUGGUCUAACAGCUGUGAUAUACACAGAUGCACUGCAGACCUUGAUCAUGGUACUAGGAGCUUUGGUCCUCAUGUUUAUAGGAUUUGAAAAAGUUGGCUGGUAUGAAGGACUUAAGGAGAAAUACAACACAGCUAUACCCAAGGUCAUAGUCCCAAACACAACCUGUCACCUCCCACGUGAGGAUGCCUUUCAUUUGUUCAGGGACCCAAUCACAGGUGACAUUCCUUGGCCUGGCCUCAUAUUUGGCCUCUCCGUGCUGGCUCUUUGGUGCUGGUGCACUGAUCAGGUGAUAGUUCAAAGGUCUCUCUCUGCCAAGAACCUCUCCCAUGCCAAAGGUGGAUCAGUGCUGGGAGGAUAUUUGAAAAUCUUCCCUAUGUUUUUCAUUGUCAUGCCAGGAAUGAUCAGCAGAGCUCUUUACCCAGAUGAAGUGGGCUGCGUGGACCCAAGCAUCUGUAGAAGGAUCUGUGGAGCUGCAGUGGGUUGUUCCAACAUUGCCUACCCCAAACUCGUGGUAGAGCUCAUGCCUGACGGGCUCCGGGGUUUGAUGAUUGCCGUGAUGAUGGCAGCCUUGAUGAGUUCCCUCACCUCCAUUUUCAACAGCAGCAGCACUCUCUUCGUUAUAGACAUCUGGCAGAGGAUCCGUAAAAAUGCUUCGGAGCAGGAGCUGAUGAUUGUGGGCAGAGUCUUCAUCCUCAUCCUGGUAGUCAUCAGCAUCCUCUGGAUCCCCAUCAUUCAAUCAGCCAACAGUGGCAAGCUCUUUGACUACAUUCAAUCUAUAACCAGCUAUCUGGCUCCACCAAUCUCAGCGCUCUUCAUCCUGGCCAUCUUCUGCAAGAGGAUUAAUGAGCCUGGUGCUUUCUGGGGCCUCGUGUUUGGGCUGGCUAUUGGUCUCAUUCGGAUGAUCAUGGAGUUUAUUUAUAGCGCACCAUCCUGUGGUGAGGAGGACAGAAGGCCGGCUGUGCUGAAGGACCUGCACUACCUCUACUUCGCGCUCAUCCUCUGCGUCCUCACCGCCAUUGUCAUUGUCCUCAUUAGUCUCUGCACCCCUCCGAUCCCUGAAGAAAAGCUUGCUUGCCUGACGUGGUGGACGAGACACAAAAAAACUCCUGACAUUGACCUGAAAAAUUACAAGAGCGAAUCAGCACAGAUAAACCCAGCUAAUGGAGAGCAUGACUUGGUUGAAAGUGCUGAUGCAUGCAGUAAGGAGGAGGCAGUACCCAAGCCUCCCUGCUGGAAAGCACUGUAUCUGUGGUUCUGUGGUCUGUCCCCCAGCCCUGCACCAACUCUGACCCAGGAGGAGAGAGCUGCCCUGGAGCGCAGACUUACCAGCAUUGAGGAGAAGCCUCUCUGGAAGGCUGUUUGCAACGUUAACGCUCUUCUCCUGCUGACCAUUAAUGUCUUUCUGUGGGGAUAUUUUGGCUGAGAUGGGGUUGGGCAGUGCAUGGCUUUGGUUUACUACGGGUUUUCUCAUCCUCACGUCUGAGCCAGAGGCUUUGGGUGACAGAUUCUGGUGAUGGUCCCCAUGUGCCUGGGCAUGGCCCUUCCCCAAGGUACUGCUUGCUGGAUAUACCUGUGGGGCUUGGUGGUGCCAUUCCUGAGCCAAGGAGUGACCAAGACUCAAACCUGGUUGCAGACAAGAUACAUGAGAAAGCACAUGGGUUGAGCCAGCAGGGCUGGGGUCAGCUUUAGAGCAGAGCCAAACCUGUCAGGGAGCAAAUGUCUGGAAAGCCUGGGGCCUUACUCCUCUCAUGCAACCCGACUGCUCCACUGCUUUAGGGGAAGAACUUCUGGCUCACAUUACUGUGGGGGAGGAGGCUGAAGCACUUCUUGCAGACUUUUGCAUGGCCAAAUUGAGAUAGGGUCAGGGUGUGAUCACUGAAUUAGUGACAAUCCAGGCUUCUGUAGCUACCCCAAACCUACACUGGACAAUCCCCCUUCCCCAAACCCAUAUUGGCAGCAGACAGACCCCCCCCCUGGCCUGUCCUUCUUCGCUCCCAGGUGAAUCCUGCCUUUAACAGCAUUACCAGCAAUAAAAGUGCCUUAGUAACAAAGCCAAUUUUGACUCCAGGUUAUUGUGGCUAUAUAUCCUGCACUGACACACCAAGGUCUCCCUGGGACCACCAUGUCAUAGCUAUGGGAUGGAAAUGAACACUCCUCCAUGGGCCGGGUCACUUGGACUCCAGGCCCCUCCGCCUCCCCUUGGGAGUACCAUGAAACAUGUUACAGCCAUCACAUUUUAAACCACUUUGUGAAGAAAAGAUGGAAGUACCCACUGUUAAUAACACUGCAUGAUGGUUAGGACCUGAAAAGCCUAGAGAAGAUUAAAAAUCCCCAUGAGGUCGUGACCCUUUACUCCACUACAUCCAAACUUCCAGGCAUGGGCUGUGUAGAGAGGUAAGGACACCCUGUGAAUCACAGUACCAUGAAGAUGAAAGAAUCACAGAAUAAUUGGGUUGGAAAGGAUCUCAAAGCCCAUCUACUUCCAAUCCCAGCCAUGGGUUGGGUGCCCUCAGCACAUCAGACUGCCCAGGGCCCCAAAAGCCUGAUCUUGGGCACCUCCAGAAAUCAAGUUACCAGAUGCAAUUAAUAGCUGGGUGAUGUCUAAUAAUAAUGGACACAUUUCUAAUACCCAGGCUCCCAUCUCCUCAUCUGAGGCAGAGGUGCUGAGGGCUCCUUAGCCACAGAGCCCCCCAGCAGCGCUUAGCUCAAUGCCUUUUAUUGUUUUUUUUGGACCACAUAUCCUGUAAGCUAUCAGAAAUGCACCACAGAGCAGGAUGAGGGGCAAGGGACAGUUUUUAAAAGCAUUUGAGA